AAUGAAUAAUUUAACAAAUGUAGAAGAUUCUGAUAGAAUUUAUACAGAAACAAAUAAUGAAACGGAUAAUGCAGAAACUGAUUUAGAUAGUGGAGAUGAAUGGUCUUCUCCUGAAACAAAUAAAAGUUCUCGAAAGAAAUUUAAACAUCGAAAUCCAACAGAAAUUGAGCGACUUCAUUUUCGUUUAAUUAAUGAAAGGGUUGUUAAUGAUAUUACUUUAGAGGCUUUAUAUAAACCUCACACUCUUACAGGUUUUUUUCUUAAUUUUAAUUUUUUAUUUAUUCUUUCAGUUCUUGGUCUCCUUUGUGCUUAUUUAAUUUAUGAUGUUGUUUUUACAAAGCAAUUGGGAUCAACGGAUAUUAAUGUUUUUAGAGGGCUUAAAGCUUUGUUCAUUCUUUUUCUUAUUAUUAGGUAUUUUUUAAAUUUAUUUUUAUUAAAACAUUAG